GCGGAAUGCGAAGGUCCAUUGUUCAAGACUUGGGAGUAGACAAAAGUGGAUGUGGUUAUUGUAGCAACCAAAAAGUACUUUCGAACGUUCAAGAAGAGCAUAAUACAGUCUCCGGAGAGCACAGAAUUUCAAAAAGACGUCGACCCAAAACUAGAGUUGCACACGGAAUUUGGGCUCAUCAGCUCACAGUGGAAGAUUACGAAGAACUUAUGACUCGAGGUUGGCGUCGUUCAGGAAAGUAUAUAUACAGACCCGACAAUGCAGAGUCUUGUUGUCAGCAAUUUGUUAUUCGCCUUGAGGCUGACAAGUUUACACCUAACAAGUCCCAGAGAAGAGUCUUAAAGAAGAUGGACAAAGUUUCUUCUUCGCUUUCUUGUUUUACUUCAAGAGAGUAUAGUAACAAACUAUCUUGCUCAGUUUCUUUUUCUGACCAACUCUCAAAACAAACCGUUUCAGACGACCCUUUACUGAAGCAGAUUCGACACAAAUUAUGUCAGCUUGUGACAGAUAUGAUCUGUGAAGAAGCUGUCAACUGGGGUUGGAAAGUAUGGUACAAUACGAAAAAUAGUGAAAGACUUGGAAAAUGCUGUUAUUCCUCUAAUCUAAUUUUAGUCCUUGCAAAACAUCAAAACAAUGAGAAUGAUUCAGAGUCUGAAAACCCCGAGACUGCAACUCUUGUGAAUAUGAAACAUAAGCGUCAAGUCAAGUUUACUCAAUGGAGAAAUCAUUAUUCAUCGAAAUUGAAAGAGGCAGGAAAAGAUGCGUUUGCUCAAGUUGGUAUUGAUUGCUCCGUCACACCCAAUGGUUUUAUAGACUUUUGGAGAGAGGACGAUGCUUUAUAUCAACGACACAACUGUUUUGGUAUGAGACCAAGUGAUAGAGAUGGAAUAAAUACCGGAAUGGACAAGGUCUUCUCACACAAGAUCACUGAACAUUCUUUAACCAAAAAGCGUUUAAGAAUAGUUAUGGAGUUACCAAAGCUAGAAGAUGAGAGCUUUUUGUUGUUUCAGCGUUAUCAACAAGCUAUACAUCACGAAAGUCCUGAAGAAAGUAACAAAGAAUCGUUUUCAAGGUUUUUAGUUGAAAGCCCUUUGAUUUUUGUGGAACCGAACAAUGAUAGCACUACUCCAUCUUGUGGUUUUGGAACUUUUCAUAUGAAAUAUUAUUUAGAUGAGAGACUACUUGCAAUAGGCGUUGUUGAUGUUUUACCGCAUUAUCUUUCUUCUGUCUACUUUUUCUAUGAUCCUUCAUAUUCCAGUCUCUCAUUAGGAGUUUAUUCUGCUUUGCACGAGAUUGAAUGGGUUCGAACGCAGUGUUUGCAAGGAUAUUCAUCUAUGCAAUAUUAUUGUAUGGGAUUUUAUAUUCACAAUUGUCCAAAAAUGCGAUACAAAGGUGAUUAUUUUCCUUCUCAACUUCGUUGUGAGGUUACAGGUCAAUGGAUACAACUGGAAGUAGCACAAAAGGUUUUGGAUAAACAAAAUGGAAGAGCAUUGCGUUUGGCUCCAGAAGAGUUUCCUAUAGACGAAAAGUAUCUUGUUGCUCCGUGUGAAAGAGUUUUUGCAUUGCUUUCAUCAUAUGAUAAGGAACUGUAUCUUCGUUUAUGGGAAGCAGCAUCGAAGAAUGUCCCUUUAUUGUUCAGUGGCAAGUUGUUUGUGUUUGAUAGUUUGAAACGAAACUUAAACGACAAAAUGAGUGUACAUAUCCAAAGUGUAUUACUGUCAUACAUUGCCAAGGUUGGACCACAUUUGAGUGUACAGAUGAUUUAUUUGCUUUGAUUUUUCUGAGCCUCAGAAUCGCGUCA